CUGCAGUUUCACAAACAGCUCCCACAUACUGGUGCAGGGAAAAGACGGAAGAUGAACAGAGCGGGAAGAGUUGGCCACCGGCGGCUGGAGAGCUAAACUUUAACAGAUAACCAUGUCCCGCCGGCCGAUCCAGACUCAGCCGCAGAGCCGGGGUCACGAGGGGGGGCAGUGGAGCACCGGCCUGUGUGAGUGCUACAAAGACCUCGGAGACUGCUGCUUCGCUCUGUGCUGCCUCCCUGUGUUUACCUGCAAGGUGACCAGCGCCGUGGGGGCCUGUCCCUGCCUGCCUCUGCUGGACUGCAUCGGCUGCGUGCCGCCGGCCUCCCUGGCCAUGAGGGCCUCGGUCAGGGAGCGAUAUGGCAUCAAGGGCAGCGUGUGGAGCGACUGCCUGUACGGAUGCUGCUGCUACCCGCUAUCCUGGCUCCAGAUCUCAAGGGAGCUGAAGAGAAGAGCAGCAGCAGCAGCUCAGGCCUCCUCCUCCUCCUCCUCCUCCUCCUCCUCAGUCAGAUACAGCGCUCUGACCUCCCUGCAGGGGGCGCACUUGGUCUAAACACCAGCAGACCAGGUCCUCCAGAGUACAGGAGUGGGAUUUAAUCACACUUCCUCCAGUCUGCAGCCACUCCCUGUUACCUCAGAGGAUUGAGCAGACACAAUGAGUCCUGCAGAGAGGCGGAAACUUCACUUUGUUCCAAGAUGAAGUGAAUGAACUGUGAUAAAACUCAUUCCUGAGUUCGUCUUUGAUGGGGUCUUUUCCAUCUCAGUGCCAUUGGUUCAUUCAGCAUUGAAAAGUAACACAGAUGCACAAAGGAUUUCUAAUUAAUUAUUGUUUCCAAUGAUAAAAAAAAGUCCACUAUCUUGAAAUCUUUGAAAAGCAAAGAUUGUUAGUGUUGUCGUGUUUCCAACAGUUUUUCUAAUAUAUUUGGGAGUUUUAGUGUGUUUCCCUGCAUGAUUUGAAUACUAUUUUACAUUUCUCUCAUGUAAAUUUUGUGUGAAAGAUGUGGAACCUCCAUGUCGCCACUGCCCCGUCUGCACUGCUGUUAUUUUUGGUUAAAGGGGAACAACUGUGAAAUGCUCUCAUGUAUAUUUUUUGUGAAGAGAGUAAUAAGUGCUUUAAUGAAAAAUUACAAUGUCUGCAUGCACAGGCAGAGGGUUAAAGGGUUAUAACUCCUUCUCAAAAGUGAAGGUAAAAAUUCCCUCAAAUACAAGGUCCAUGUCCUGGAAUUUGCAAUGUUGCACAAGCAGGUCUCUUUAUUGUCUCUUCCAUCUGAUAGCAAGAUCUGCUGCUCAUAUAGCCAACACCAAUAGUUUGUACAAAAGUUUGUUAUGAUGCUAAGCUCAUUACUAUGUGAUUGAAUUGAAGUGUAGUAGAAGAAGAAUUCCAUAUGGGCAAAAAACGACAAGAGGCAGGAGAUCUUUUAGCUCAGCCGGUUUCAUUCUUCAAUAUUCUCAGAUGUCAAAGUUGGACUUCUACACUAAAUGAUUUCCAGGACUUUUAUGUUCUAGAUUGUGUGAUUUUUUUUUAUUAUUAUUUCAUUGCUAUAAAUAAUACUAUAAACAUGCAUUGUAGCUGAAUUUCUUUCAUUCAUCUGCCCACCUGUGGAAGUUAAAGGUGCAGUAUGUGAAAUUCAUGUAACGCCACUUUUAUCCAUUGGGUGGCAGUAAUUGGUCAAUUUAGUAUCCAGGUUGAAUUCACUGAGCUUCUGUUCUGUUUACUAUUCAAUCUGCCAUUUUUCUCGGCACACUGAAGGAAGACUAAAUACUAGAUUAAAUGUGGCUGUUUAGUUUUAGCACCUUCAGCACUUGCUGAAUGGAUUCUCUAAAAAAAAACAUUCAAUAUUGUGACGGAGAUGUGAAAACACCACGCUGAUGAGAAUUGAAGGAAACGUCUGAAUCAACAAUAUCUCUGGUAUCGUGUUGAAAAAAGUUUGUUUGGCCGACACAAAGAGAAACAAACCUCAUCACUGAUUAUAUCACAGUCAAUCAAAUCGCUGGCAUAACUCGAACGUGGCUUCAUUUCAGCCUGCGGUGAUGUCUGAGAUUUUAGAAAUGAUGAGUGACGGGCAGAUAGUCCGAUGUCUGACGGCUGACGUUAUUUGGUCCGGAGUCAGACUGGAAAGACCAGUCGGUGACAUGGACCUACAUUGUCCUGCUGUUCAGCAGCUGCACAAGAUGUUACAGAACCCUGCAGACCGUCACUCAUCUUCCAGGUGUAGAACACACUCUGCUCCUCACCCUCAGGAACACUAAGCCAUGUCGGAUAGCACAGAUAAGACGACCGUGAUCCAACCCCGGCCGUUCAUCCUGUCCUCCACGUCCAACGAGUGGUCCACCGGCGUCCUCGACUGCUUCCAGGACCUCCCCCAUUGUUGCUUCGCCUUCUGGUGCCUGCCCUGCUUCACCUGCAUAACGGCCCACGAGGCCGGCGAGUGUCCGCUGCUGCCGGUGCUGGACGCCUUCGGGCUGAUCCCGCCGAUGACCACGGCCCUCAGGGUGUCGGUGCGCCAGCGGUACGGCAUCGAGGGAACGGUCUGCAAGGACUGCGUGUACUCCUGCUUCCUCGGGCCCUGCACCUGGUGUCAGAUAUCCAGAGAGAUCAAAAUCAGGACCAAGCCGAUCACUGACGUCAAGAAAUAACUGAACACUCCGAUGCGAGCAGUGAAAAACAAUUACAGAGAUUUAACAACCCGAUAAGUCAGUUAUGAUGUGAAAUGUGUUUGAUGAAAGGGAAUAAAAUGUUUUUGGACA